AACAGCUCAAAACUGGCCCAGUACACGCCCAACCAGCGGCUGGACACGCCAGCCGCACAGGAGUUCGGAUUCCCGUACUCACCGUACGAAAUCCAGGAGCAGCUGAUGCAGGAGCUCUUCCAGGUGCUCGAGAGAGGCCAGGUAGGCAUAUUCGAGAGUCCAACGGGAACGGGGAAGUCCCUCACCCUCACCUGCGGCGCUCUCACCUGGCUGGCCAGGCACGAGGAGCUGGUGCGCACGGAAAUGCUGGCCAGGAUUCGCGGAGUGGAACAGGAGUUGGCUGAACUGGAGGAGGAGAGCGAGAAGUCGAGCGAUUGGCUGGAGAGCCAGGGAAAGUCCAGAGCACAGCGUGCGGAGCUCCUCAGGUUGCAACACCUGCAGGCUCUGCUGGACAAACAAGAGCAGCAGCUGGAGCAGAUCAGGAAGGGGGCCAAAAAGCAUAAACGGCAAGGAAAAGUGCACCCAGGCAAGCUUGAGGAACUAGAGAAGGACCUGGAUCCUGAAUCCGACUCGGAUUCAGAGCACGAAACCGCCGAUGGACCGCAGGAAGCAGCCGAAGACCGCUAUCGCCCUGUUCAAAUCUUCUUCUGCAGCCGCACGCACUCGCAGUUGGCACAAAUUGUGACAGAACUGCGGAAAACACCUCAUGGCCAGUCGGUGAGGUGCAUUUCCCUAGGCUCGCGGCAGCAACUGUGCAGGAAUCCCGCAGUCCGGAAGCUGAAGCAUGUGGGCCUGAUGAACGAGCGGUGCCUGGAUAUGGCUACCAAGAAAGCCCGCCCCAAUCCCAGCAAAAAAAGUCGGCUAACUGCAGAGACCAACAGUAGAUGUCCGUUUAAAGCGGCUUCCUUGGUGGAAUCCCUCAGGGAUUUGGCUUUGACCGAACCGCUGGACAUUGAGGAGCUGGCCAAUGAGGGGACCGCCUGCGGUGGCUGCUCGUAUUACGCCUCAAGAUCCGCUGUGGAGCACGCUCAACUUAUACUACUGCCGUAUCAACUGCUGCUCCAAAAGUCCGCCCGUAAUCAACUGGGUAUAAGCCUUAAGGCGUCCAUCGUCAUAGUAGAUGAGGCUCACAACCUACUGGACAGCGUGGCCCAGCUGCACGGCUCCGAAAUCAACCGGCAGCAGUUGGAGCGGGCCAAGGUGCAGAUCUCCGCCUAUAAGGAGCACUUCCAAAAGCGUUUCGCCACCAAGAAUCUCCUGAAAAUCAACCAAAUCGUAUUCAUUGUUCGCCGAUUGCUUAAGAUUCUAGAUCAGCGCAUGGAAUCGCAGUCCAACGGCUCCAGCAUGAUGCGCACCUAUGAGCUAACCGCCGAGGGUGACUUCUUCAACAUCGAUCUGUGCGAUCUUCUGGACUUUUGCGCUCGCACUCGUUUCGCUAGGAAAGUACAGGGACAUGCGGACAGAAUGGAGCGGGAACCACGACCCAGUGAGAAUCAACCCCCUGUGUCAACGGCGAGGAGUCUGAUCCUCCAAAGAUUGGCCAGCGAGCAAAAGCUGAAGGAGAAACCCAAGUCGGUCAAAAGGAAAGUGGAAGACAUCAAUAAGGAAGAUAAGGCGGGGGAGUUACAAGAAGAGCAGAAGCCACCGAAGAAGCCGGUCCAGGAAGUAGCUCCUUCGCCCAUCAGACCAUUGCUGGCAUUUCUGGAAACCCUCACCAGCAAUGCUGAGGAUGGCAGGAUUUUGCUGGAUCCCGUAGGGGGAACCUUGAAGUACAUACUUCUCGACCCCGCCGAGCAAUUCGCCGACAUCGUUGCGGAAACCAGAGCGAUUGUGAUCGCUGGCGGAACCAUGCAGCCCACUCAGGAGCUAAAGGAGCAGCUGUUUACAGGUUGCCAGGAUCGUUUGGUCGAGCGUUUCUACAACCACGUGGUGGCGGAUGACGCGGUCUUGCCCUUUGUGAUAUCCAAUGGCCCCAGCGGUGCUCCGUUGUCUUUCAAGUUUGCCCAUAGAGCCAGUGCAGAAAUGCUCCGGGAGCUCUCAAUGGUUCUCCGAAAUCUGUGCCAGGUGGUGCCGGGCGGAGUGGUUUGCUUCCUGCCGUCCUACGAGUAUUUGGACAAGGUCUACAAGUACCUGGAGCAGUCCGGCACCCUCGAGACGAUUAGCUGCAGAAAAAGCGUGUUUCGUGAGGUCUCCGGAUCGGCCGAGCAGCUCCUGGACAACUAUGCGCUGGCCAUUAAGAGACCUGCUUCGGGUGGAGCCCUCCUCCUGAGUGUUGUGGGAGGAAAGCUCUCCGAGGGCCUAAACUUCGCUGACGAUCUGGGCAGAGCAGUGCUCGUAGUGGGCCUGCCGUAUUCCAACAGCCAGUCGCCGGAGCUGCGCCAGCGAAUGCAGCACCUGGACGAGAAACUGGGACCGGGCGCGGGCAACGAAUACUACGAGAAUCUCUGCGUGAAGGCCGUUAACCAGUGCAUAGGAAGGGCAGUGCGCCACAUCAACGACUAUGCCUGCGUAUAUCUGCUGGAUAAGCGGUUUGCGGAUCCGAAGAUACGCGGCAAACUGCCGAAGUGGAUUUCCCGCCACAUCGUGGAGUCGAACGCCGCGAAUGGUGGCUUCGGAGCAGUACAAGCGCGCACGGCUAGGUUCUUCAAGGGCCGAUAAGCCUUGUGUACACCUUCUUCCAUAAUAAUUGUAUUAUAAUUGUAUUUUAGCUUUAAUUCUUAGAUAUAGUAAUUG